AAUGGUAAUGAUGCACAAAGAGUAGAAAAACUUAUAGAAGUCUUUUGUGCAUUUCUUGGGAAUAAUCUGAUAAGCUAGAGUUUAGAGUUAAAGCUAAAUUAUAUUAAGGGACCGACUUCAAAUCAUAUAUUUCAGAUGCCAUGGGAACUUCGAACUCACAAAAAAUCGUACUUUUAUCUUUCUUUGUCUUCUUUGUUGUACCACCAACCAUUGUUGAUGGUGAUUCUACUAGUACUUCUUCAACUUAUCAUCAAGAACAUGUUGCUCUUCUCAAUUGGAAAGCCACCCUUGAAAACUACUCUCUUUCAAUUCUAGCUUCAUGGAGUUAUAACAAUAAUAAUAGUAGUAAUUCUAACUCUUCAAAAAACAGGACAAGUCCAUGCACUUGGUUUGGAGUUUCUUGCAACAAAGUUGGAAGUGUUAUCAAGCUUAACCUUACCAAAUCUGGUUUACAAGGUACGCUUCAUGAAUUUCCUUUUACUUCAUUGCCUAAUCUCAAAUACUUUGACCUCAACACAAACUCUAUUUUGGGCAAAAUCCCAACUCAAAUCUCUUCCCUUUCCAAACUCAUUUAUCUUGAUCUCUCUUUUAACAACUUAAGAGGGACCAUUCCUUUAGAAAUGGGGAAUCUAUCACGUUUAGUAGAGCUUCACAUGGAUUACAACAAUCUCAGGGGUCAUAUCCCUAAAACAUUUGGAAGCCUUAAAAAGCUAAAGGUUUUGUCCAUUAAUCACAACCGCCUUUCUGGUCCAAUCCCUGAAAGUUUAUAUGAUUUAACAAAUCUUUCCUAUAUUUAUCUAUACCGCAAUAGACUUUCAGGUCCAAUUUCAUAUCAUAUUGGAAGAUUGAAAUCUCUUGUUAGUCUAGAAUUGUGGGAGAAUCAACUCAAUGGAACUCUUCCCACUUCACUUGGUAACCUGACCAAAUUAAAGUCUCUACACAUCCGUGACAACAAUUUCUCUGGCACCAUUCCUCAAUCAAUACAAAAUCUCACCAGCUUGACUGUUUUAAGACUUGCCCGAAACCAAUUCACCGGUUACUUGCCCCAAAACAUAUGCCAUAACAAUCUUCUUCAAAUCUUCACAGCCAAUGGCAAUUAUUUUGAAGGUCCAAUCCCAAAAGUCUUGAAAAAUUGUUCAAGCUUGCAUAGACUAACCCUCCAAGACAACCAUCUCACUGGAAAUAUAUCUGAGUAUUUUGGUCAUAUCUAUCCUUACUUAUUCAUGUUAAACCUGAAUAACAACAAAUUUCAUGGCGAAAUUUCACCUAAUUGGGGUAGUUCUAAAAAUCUACAAAGUUUUUUCAUUGGUGGGAAUUACAUCUCAGGUACAAUACCACCAGAGAUUGGAAACUUAUCCAAACUUACAGUACUUGACUUUUCAUCAAACCUUUUAGUAGGAGAGAUUCCCAAGUCAUUUGGGAAACUCUCUUCUUUGAUGAAAUUGUACUUGUACAGCAAUAAACUCUCUGGCAGUAUACCUUCUGAACUCAGUUUACUAACUCAAAUAGAGUCUCUUGACUUGUCCUCAAACACUUUGACCAACUCAAUCCCAACAAGCCUUGGUCUUAAUAACAACUUGUUAAAGCUUCACACCAUGAAUUUGAGCCAUAACAUGUUAAGCAACGAAAUCCCAUUUGAGUUGGGGAAGCUAACUCAGCUCUCGACACUUGAUUUGAGUUAUAACUAUCUCAUUGGAAAAAUACCAAACGAGUUGGGGUUUUUACAAAGCUUGCUGACACUAAAUCUCUCCCAUAACAAUCUUUCUGGCUCUAUUCCCAGCAGUUUUGAUCGAAUCCCAGGAUUGUUGUACGUUGACAUAUCCUAUAACAAUUUGUGGGGUCCACUUCCCAACAACAAAGCAUUCCUUAACGCUUCUAUACAAUCAUUAGAAGGAAACAGAGGCUUGUGUGGUAAUGUUACAAGAGGGCAAGGACAAGGAGGUCUACAGCUCUGCAACAAAUCCUCUCUCCCUGGAUCAAAACGCAUCCACCUUAUUGUCGUUAUCCCAAUUCUUGUAGUUCUUGUCGUCGUUUUUUGCCUAGCUUUUUUUGUAAUUAUACGGAGAAGGACAAGGAAGAAGAAGCAAGAGACAGAGGAUGGUCAACAGGUGGAAAUGGUUAGCCAAAAACCGUUGUUUUCUGUUUCAAAUUUCGACGGGAAAAAGCUUUAUGAAGAAAUUAUAAGAGCAACAGAGGAUUUUGAUUCUGCUUAUUGCAUAGGGAGAGGAGGUAUUGGAACCGUUUACAAAGCUGAGCUUCCUUCAUCUUACUCAUCACCACCAUCAUCAUCAUCAAGAAGUAGCUUGGUAGUAGCUGUGAAAAAACUAGAAUAUGGUCAUUCUAGGCCGUUGACCUUAUUAUCCCAGAAGGAGUUUUUCAACGAGGUGAUAGCGUUGACCCAUAUAAGACAUCGAAACAUUGUUAAGCUUCAUGGGUUCUGCUCCCAUUUGAGGCACUCGUUCUUGAUCUACGAGUACCAUGAAAAGGGUAGCUUGAGUUCAAAGCUAAAAAACGACCAGGAAGCUAGAGAGUUGGAUUGGAUGAAGAGAGUGAAUAUCAUUAGAGGAGUGGCAGAUGGGUUGUCGUACAUGCAUUCUGAGACUUUCCCACCGAUUGUUCAUCGAGAUAUAUCGACCAAAAACAUUUUGUUAGAUUCCAAUUAUGAGGCUUGCAUUUCAGAUUUUGGUACUGCUAAGCUUUUAGAACAGGAUUCAUCUAACUGGACUGUCCUUGCUGGCACUUUCGGCUACGUCGCACCAGAGUUUGCUUACACAAUGAAAGUAACCGAAAAAAGUGAUGUGUAUAGUUUUGGAGUAUUGGUAAUAGAAACUAUAAAAGGAAGGCACCCGGGGAAUCUAACCUUGUGUUUGUCGUCUCCGGCGAAAAGGGCAGAGGUUGCUCUUGAAGAUGUGUUGGACGAGCGUCUUCAACCUCCACCCACACAAACGUUGGACCAACUUGUUCAUAUCUUAAAGCUUGCAGUUGCAUGCUUACAUGAGAACCCACAAUCUAGGCCAACCAUGAAAGAUGUUUCUCAAAUUUUGUCCACUAUCAUUAAUGCUACCAAAUAAUAAUAAUAAUGCUUAGUUACAUUUACAAAAUUAAUUACUGCUAAUUAAUUUGUGUUUUUAAUUUUCAUGUAUAUAUAUAUUUGUAGAACUUCGAGUUUGGAGGAUCAAUACUUGUUAGAUCUUAUAAAUACGUGUACAUACACAUGUAAUGUAAAUUGUAUUUGUAUAUAGCUUGCUUGGUAAUAAAAAUUUGUAUAUUCUUAAUUA